AUGCCGACGGCGCGCGCGGCGCCGUUCGGAUUCGGUGGUGGUGGCAAGGUGGACGGGGGUGAUGCGAACGCAAAGUCGGCGCCGGCGUCGUCGAUCGAACCGUCGAGGAAGAAUAAGUCGGGGGCGAACGCGGCGUUCGAUCCGGAGGCGCUCGAGCGCGGGGCCAAGGCGCUGCGGGAGAUCAACGCGUCUCCGUACGCGACCAAGGUGUUGGAGCUGUCUCGAACGCAGGAACAGACGAAACAGGGUGAAUUACGAGCGAGAGAGGCGGAGGCGAACGCGGCGGCGGCGGCGCACGCGACGGAAAGGGAAAAGGUAAUGUGGUCGGAGCAGUCGCGCGUGGAGAAGGAGCGGUCGCAGCAGCAGGCGCAGCUCAAGCAGUACGACGAUGAGCUGGCGCGGAAACGCAUGGCCACCGAGCACGAGCAGCGAAGACAAAGAAAUGCUGAGAUGGUGAAAUUACAGGAGGAGGGGAUCGAGCGACAGGAGGCGAUGAAGCGCGCCACCGAGGAAAAAAUUCAACGCGAGAGACGAGAGACUGAGCGCUAUCGCGCCGAGCUCGAGCGAGAAAACUUGCGCGCCAAGGCCAUCGCCGAGGCCGAGGGACGCAUCGCAGAAAAUAGAAAGAACGAGGACGUGAUUCGUCGUCAGAUGAUCGCCAAGGUCACCGCAGAAACGGACAAGGCUGUCAAGCUGGUGCAAGAGACGCUCGGUCUCAUAGGCGGCGGCUUCAACGCCAUCUUGGCGGACCAGCAGCGCAUGGCGAUGUUCGUCGGAAGUGUCACCGCGCUCGCGGCGGGGGUGUACGCCUCGCGUGAAGGCGCGCGCUUCGGCUUCCGCCAGCUCGAGAAGUACUUGGGUCAACCGAGCUUGAUUCGAGAAACCUCGCGAGGGGCGUUCUGGAAGCCCAAGGCGGCCGCCGCGACGGGCGAACAACCGGCAGCCAUUCUCGGUGAUGUCGUGCUCGGGGACAAGCUACAAGAGCGCGUGCAACGUUUGGCCGUUUCAACGGCGAAUACAAAGCGUCACUCGGCUCCGUUCCGUAACAUCCUGUUCCACGGUCCUCCGGGCACUGGUAAGACGAUGGCGGCGAAGCGUCUCGCGCGUUACAGCGGCUUGGACUACGCGGUGAUGACGGGUGGUGACGUGGCCCCGCUCGGGAGUAACGCGGUGACGAAAUUGCACGAGAUGUUUGACUGGGCAUCGACGUCACGCAACGGCCUUUUGCUCUUCAUCGACGAGGCUGACGCGUUUUUGGCCAAGAGAGGGAGCGACGUCGCCGGGAGCGAGUCGCGCGCCGCGCUCAACGCUCUCUUGUUCCGCACCGGGGAGAUGAACCGCGACGUCGCGCUCGUUUUGGCGACCAACCGGCCUUCGGAUUUGGAUGAGGCCGUCCUUGACCGAAUGGACGAAUCCGUUGAGAUCGGUCUUCCGGAUAUCGAGGCUCGAAAGCGCAUGGUGAAGCUGUACUUUGAUAAACUCAUCGUUCGCGGCGCAGACGCCGGGGACGAGAAGGGUGCCAAGUCCUUCUUCGCCGGGUUGUUCAAGCGAAGCGUCCCAGAUCGACCGGUUCCGGUGAAGGACAUCUCUGAUUCGGACCUCGACGCGGUCGCGACCGCCACUGAGGGUUUGAGCGGGCGCGAGAUAUCCAAGCUCAUGGCUAGCGUCCAAGCCGCGGCGCACGGCUCGACGGAUGGCGCGUGCACGAAGCAAAUGUUGCAAGAGGUGACGCAAACGAAGAUCGCCGAGCACAAAACCAAGGCGCUCUGGGCGGGCGCGGGGCAAGCGUAA